AUGUCCAGCUCCAGUGAGGAAGAACUCAUUCACAUGUUUAAGGGGAUUCCCUUUACCACCAGGUCUUCUCUAGAACUUCUAAACUCUCUGGAUGCUUUUGAUGCUCGAGAAGAUGACGUCCUUUUGGUUUCCUAUCCCAAAUCUGGCACUCACUGGCUUGCAAGAGUUUUAACAAGCCUUUUCAGUGCUCAGGUUACACUAACAUCCCCCAUUGAAUUUGGAGACAUAUCCAGACUGGAGGAACUGAAUCAACUCUCAUCUAAGAGGCUCAUCCCAACACACUUAGACUACAACAUGCUACCCACAAAUUUUAAGAAUAAAAAAUGCAAGAUGAUCUACAUCAGCAGAAAUCCAAAAGAUACUGCGGUUUCCAUGUUUCACUACUACAGGGAUAACCCAAACCUUCCCACUAUUGACAGCUGGACUGCUUUCUUUGACUUGUUCUUAAAAGGAGAUGUUGUCUGUGGAUCCUGGUUUGAUCAUUUCCUCAGUUGGGAAGAACAUGCAAAUGACAAGAACAUCCUGUUUUUAUUCUAUGAAGACAUGAAGAAGGAUCUCCCUAAGAUUGUAAAGAAAAUCAGUCUGUUCCUGAGUUUAAAUGUCAGUGAAAAUGAUAUCCAAGACAUAUGCAAGAAGUCCUCUUUCUCAGCGAUGAAAAGCGACACAGAGAAGGAAAACAGCGAUCCCCACAACACCGUUUGUGCACUGACAUCCAACAAGAAGCUGAUUUUCAGGAAAGGUGCUGUCGGUGACUGGAAGAACCACUUCACUCCAAAACAGAAUCGAAGGUUUGAGGAGACAUUUAAUGAGAAAAUGAAACUGAGCAAAAUGGCAAAGAGUCUCAUCUAUGAAUUUUGA